CCGCCACUUUCGCCAUCACUUCAUUCCCCAUCCAUCUUUAUUUUCUGCGAGCUGCAGCUUUUCCGAUCUAUGGUGCAUCGAGGUAUAGACCGGAGAUGCUACUGCAAGUGCCAUGUAUGUAGUAGCCUUGGCUAGCUCUAAGCUACUGCCGAUAGUCCAUCACUGGCUACAUCCCUUUCCAGUAAAUUAAGGAUCAGGGCGCUCUGCCCAGAUGGACGUCAAGCGCGCGGCCAUGCUCCUCCUCCUCCACUUCAUGCUCUUCCAUGCCGUGACCUCUGCCCUGGCUGAGCGGCGGUCUGGCACAACCAUCCGACGGCCGCGGCAGCAGCCGCUGCUCCAGGAGAAGGCCACGCUCCUGGCGUUGAAGCGCUCCCUCAUCUUGCUGUCUCCAUCGGUCCUGGCCGACUGGAACGAAUCCAACAGCGACGUAUGCGGCUUCACCGGCAUCACCUGCGACUGGAGGCGGCAUCACGUCAUCAGCCUGUCGCUAGCCGGCAUGAACAUCUCUGGUGGCAUCCCGCCGGUCAUCGGCAACCUCACGCGCCUCAGGAGACUUGACAUGUCCAGCAAUUUCCUCACAGGGCUGAUCCCUGCCGAGCUCUCCAACUUGCACCGCCUCGACGUCCUCAAGCUUGGCCAGAACCAGCUGAGCGGCGGCAUACCUCCAUCCCUCUCCGAGCUGGCGAGCGUGUUCUACCUCAGCCUUAGGGAUAACCGCCUCUCUGGCCCUAUCCCUGGCGUUAUCUUCAAGAACUGCACCUACCUAGGUGUCGUCGACUUCGGCAACAAUGACCUCUCCGGCGAAAUCCCCGGUGAGGCUUCAGACAACCUCGCAGACUGGUUUAUCGCCCUCAACCUCUACUCCAACAGGUUAACUGGGAGACUCCCACGGUGGCUCGCCAACUGCACCUAUCUGUACCUACUGGACGUGGAAAACAACUCACUCGCCGACGAGCUCCCUUCUGGGAUCAUAUCAGGCAAGCAGCAGCUCAAGUACCUGCAUUUGUCCAACAACGACCAGUUCUGGAGCCACGAUGAUAACACCAACCUGGAGCCAUUCUUUGUGGCGGUAUCGAACUGCUCCCAGAUAUUGGAGAUCGAGGCCGGGGCCGUGGGGAUUGGCGGGCUGCUGCCGAGCCGGCUUGGCACGAUGCUACCGCCCAACAUAUCGCACCUCAAUCUGGAGCUCAAUGAGAUCAAGGGCCCGAUCCCGGCUGAUGUCGGCGACGUGAUAAACAUCACGCUGAUGAACCUGUCAAGCAACCAGCUAAACGGGACGGUCCCAACAUCCAUCUGUGCAUUGCCGAAGCUCGAGCGGCUCUCCCUGUCCAACAACGCCUUGACAGGCACGAUCCCAGCAUGCAUAGGCAACGCCACGAGCCUCGGCGAGCUGGACCUGUCAGGCAACGCGCUGUCGGGGAGCAUCCCGAGCGGCAUCGGAAGCGGGCUGGUCAACCUGUACCUGCAGAACAACCAGCUCUCCGGGGAGAUACCGGCUACCCGCCUCGCUGAAUGCAUCCGCCUGCUGCACCUCGACCUCUCGAACAACAGCCUGAAGGGCGAGGUACCGGAGAGGGUUUCUGGCACUGACAUUCUAUAUUUGAACCUAUCCCAUAACCAGAUCAGAGGUGAGCUGCCGCGGGGGCUCGGUGACAUGCAGCAGGUGCAAGCGAUUGACCUGUCCUGGAACAACUUCACCGGCAUGAUCUCCCUGCAGCUCGGCAGCUGCCACGAGCUGGAGGUUCUCGACCUGUCGCACAACUCGCUCACCGGAGUCCUACCGUCCUCCCUCGAGCUCCUUGAAGACCUCAAAAACCUUGACGUCUCCGACAACUCCCUGACUGGUGAGAUCCCCAUCAACCUGACGAAAUGCACCAGCCUAAAACAUUUCAACUUGUCAUACAACGACUUCGUUGGCCAUGUACCCACCACCGGCGUCUUUGCGGAUUUCACCUUCCUGUCCUACAUUGGCAACCCACGGCUCUGCGGCUCGGUGGUCAGGCGCAACUGCCAAAGGCACCACCCGUGGUACCAGUCCCGGAAGUACUUGGUUGUGAUGUGUCUCUGUGCCGCUGUUCUGGCAUUCAUUUUGACAAUCCUCUGCGCGGUCAGUGCCCAGAAGAUCCGGUAUCGCCUCGCAGUGGUGAGGGAGGAAAUGUUUAGGGGCCGCCGUAGUGGCGGCUCAUCGCCCGUGAUGAAGUACAAGUACCCACGGAUCACAUACCAGGAGCUGGUCGAGGCAACGGAGGAGUUCAGCGCUGACCGGCUCGUCGGGGCAGGCAGCUAUGGCCGGGUGUACCGUGGUACGCUGCAGGAUGGCACCAUGGUCGCUGUGAAGGUGCUGCAGCUCCAGUCAGGGAACUCAACCAAGAGCUUCAGCCGUGAAUGCCAGGUCCUGAAGCGCAUUCGACACCGUAACCUCAUGCGUAUCAUCACCGCAUGCAGCCUGGCGGACUUCAAGGCACUGGUCCUGCCGUUCAUGGCGAAGGGCAGCCUUGAGCGGUGCCUCUACGCUGGACCGCCGGCCGAGCUCAGCCUGGUGCAGCGCGUCAACAUCUGCAGCGACAUUGCUGAGGGGGUGGCCUACCUGCACCACCACUCACCGAUCAAGGUCAUCCACUGCGACCUCAAGCCGAGCAAUGUCCUCAUCAACGAUGACAUGACCGCGCUGGUGUCCGACUUUGGCAUCUCCCGGCUGGUCAUGAGCGUUGGCGGGGUGGCCAACACCGCUGAUGUUGGCGCCUCCACCGUCAACAUGCUGUGCGGCUCCAUCGGAUACAUACCUCCAGAAUAUGGGUAUGGUUCGGACCCAACAACGAAGGGCGAUGUGUACAGCUUCGGUGUGCUGGUGAUGGAGAUGGUAACAAGGAAGAAGCCGACGGACGACAUGUUCGAGGCUGGGCUGAGCCUGCACAAGUGGGUGAAGAGCCACUACCAUGGCCAGGCCGACGUGGUGGUGGACCAGGCGUUGGCCGGCAUGGUCAUGGAUCAGACACCUGAGGUGAGAAGGAUGUGGGAUGUGGCCAUCGGCGAGCUGCUGGAGCUCGGCAUUCUCUGCACUCAUGAGAACGCGUCGAUGCGGCCGACCAUGAUAGAUGCUGCCGGCGGCCUGGACCGGCUCAAACGAUACCUCGGUGGUGACACGACGGCUACAUUCGAGUCCUCGCUGGGCUUCUCAUCCAUGACAAUCGAAGAUAUUGACGACUAGCCAGUAGUAGCAAACUAGCAAUUAACAAAGAUAUAGUACUGUUGUGUAUCCAUAGCAUAGCUAGAAUUUCUGCAAGAGACACGAUUCUAGUAGAAAGAUGGGAUUCUGAAUGUGCAGGUAAUCAAGAAGUUCAAGACAUGUAACAUUCUUUCAAGGUUUCUGACUGGGUGUAGUAUGAGCUUUGGCCAUAGAUUUGUAUAUGAUGAUUUUAGUUCAGAGAGUAACUGAAUAGCUAUGUACCUUGGUCAUUUCCUGUUUUUGUCCUCUGUUCUUCUUCAGUAUUUCUGUCCAGUAUUGU